CGUCUGUGAUGAAUGAAAUUUGACAAAACAGACGUCGAUUAUUGUAGAGAAAGUAUAUCAUUUUGAGAAGUUUACAGUCAUGAAAAUUUUCGUUGUUUUGUUUCUUGCUCUUUUGGUUCUUCAGUUAUUCGAUCUUUCAUCCGGUCAUUGGUGGAGAAAGAAAAAAUCAAAAAGCAAGCCUCAAAAUGGAUUUAAAGGUUUGAUGUGCCGUCUUCGACAUUACAAAACCAUCCUUAAUGACGACAACAAAAUAGUUGGUUGCAAAAGAAAAUGUCCAACAAACUAUAAAGAAGGAUACUCUCUUCACUGGGGACAUCAUUGUAAACCAAUUGUCAUUCCAACAGGUUGUGCUGAUGAAUUUUGUGUCCAUUGUAUUCCUGGCUACAAAUGGAUGUAUACUUAUCCAUUUUACGACAGAUGUGUCAAAGAUUGUCCCUCAGGAUACAUGGUGACAAGCAGUAAUAUGUGUGAAGUAUGUACAAUUGAAGAUUGCGAUCGUUGCAAGGAUCAGUGGGCAUGUGAGAAGUGCAACGCCGGAUUUUCGUUAUAUAGCAAUUUUAUGGAUUCUGUUAUCUGCGUUCAAAGGUGUCCAUCUGGCUACGUCAAGAUAAAUCAAAAUGGUGUCCAGAGCUGUGUAAGAAGACGGAUUAAGACAACAAGUAUGCCAGAAACAGCGAUCACCACCACUACGACAACAACAACAACAACAACAACAACAACUGUAGCUGGAACGACUAAAAAUACCACCCCUAAAAAAACAAUUACCAAUGCAUUACCUCAAGGAUGUAAAGAUGCCAAUUGUGUCAAUUGUGAAACUGGUUAUUUUAAGUUUUAUCCGCCAACACGGGGUAGUUACUGUCUGACGCAAUGUCCUGUUGGUUAUUCUGCAUUAGGAUCGUUAUGUGUAGCCUGCGCCGACCGCCGUUGCGCUUCAUGCAAAGCUUCGCUGUCAGAAUGUGAUAAAUGUUUCAAGGGUUACUCCAUGCUUCUGGAUGCUUUCAACAUCACAGUGGAGUGUGUUAGAACAUGCCCGGUAGGAUAUAAACAGGAUAUAGUUGGUGGUGUGAAGUACUGCGUCAAAACUCCACAACCAGCUUGCUCAAUAUCCAACUGCAAAAGCUGUGUACGAUCAGACCUCCACUCAUUGCAUUCAGGUUGUGAAGAAUGCUCCGAAGGCUUUUCUUUGUUCAGGGGAUCAUUCAAUGAUCACUGCUACCAAACCUGUCCACCAGGCUUUUACUCUUCCCUAAAACCAGGAACUAACAUAACUGCAUGUGCUAAGUGCUCAACUGUGUUUUGCAACAAGUGUACGGAAGACGAUGUCUGCACAGAAUGUUUUGAACCCUUGGUGUUGAAUAAGUCGCUGAAGCGGUGUACAACUUGUCCUGCAAAACAACAAUACAAUUUUAAAUUCAAAGAAUGCGCGGCUACAGAUUCUAACCGCCCGGAAAAUGUAUUCGAGGGAGUGAACCAAAAGUAAUUUGCUUAAACCCCAGGGCUUUUUCUGAAGAAAAUAUUUUUUUUACCGUUCAAGAUUGUCAUCGCAUCUAGAACAUUUUAACAUGACCAACAUUAUCUUGUUUUUUUUGUUUUAAAGUGUAUAUUUAACCUCAUGAAAGCCUGUGUUUACUUGAAUUGGCGCCACUACAUACCUCUCUCAAAUAAUAAGCGGUCCAUUUUUGUUGAAAAAUAUUUAAUAAGUGCCUUCACCUAAUGUACCCCAAUUCGUCUCCAGUCCAACUUGAAGUAAGCAUUGGUCAAUUCAUAGACGUAGAAGAGACGCUGAGUAGAAAUUAUUUGAUUGGUGCGAAACUCUUUGAAAAGCAUUUGUAAAAUUGUGUGUUUAUAUUUUAUUUAAUAAAUAUCUUUUUGUUAUUAUACUUAUA